AUGUCGCACUCAACAAAGCAGCUCAAGAAGGCUGCGCGCAUCAUUCUUGUUGGCGCGCCGGGGGUUGGAAAGGGUACACAAUCAGAGCGCUUGUUGGCUCGGUUUCCCCAACUGGCCUCAAUCAGCUCUGGAGACCUCCUUCGCGAAAAUGUGCGCCGUAAGACGGCACUUGGUCUUCAAGCCGAGGCCGCAAUGCAAUCCGGCAAUCUGGUCCCAGAUUCGAUGAUUCUCAGCCUAAUCUCCUCCGAACUGAAAUCCAAGGGCUGGCUCCCUCCCUCGUCACCUUCUGAAUCCUCCUCCUCCAACGACUCUCAAACCUCAGCUUCUCAGUCCUCCACCUCAGCCCCCACACUAUCACCCUCCGCUUCAUUCAUCCUCGAUGGCUUCCCUCGAACAGCCGUUCAAGCAACCAGCCUGGACAGCUUAGUCCCGGUGAACUUUGUGGUGAACCUCAUAACGCCACCCUCGGUCAUUCUCUCUCGCAUUGCAUCCCGCUGGGUCCACGAGCCGUCAGGUCGAGUCUAUAACACGGAUUUCCACGCGCCAAAGGUUCCCGGCAAGGACGACGUCACAGGCGAGCCGUUGACACAGAGACAGGAUGAUUCAAUUGAUACGUGGAAGCAACGGCUGCGGAAGUUUGAGGAAACUAGCAGGGCUCUACUUGAACAUUAUGACCGCCGUGGUUGUCUCUUCCGCGUGGAGGGCAAUUCGAGCGAUGAGAUUUCUCCAAAAUUGUUCGCAGAGAUCGAGCGCAGGUUCUGCUGA